CUCUUACUCUCUGCCGCAGGAAUUUCGCUGCUCGCGACGCAACAACAAAUCUGAAUCUGUCCAUUUGCCGACGCUCGCCGUUGCCGUUGUCGUUGUCGUUGUAGCCGCGCUGCCGCCAGAGAGCUGUGAUUGCUUGCCGUGUUUAUUAUUUUUCUAACUGCGGGCACGGUGCUGAGGAAAAUAUCCAUUUUUUUUUUGCUUUUUGUUUGGUUUUGUGUCGUCGGCAAGAAGGCCGAAAAGCGGUAAAUCGUCCAGCCACCCACACAAGCACAGGCCGAAUCGAAGUCGAGCUCAGAGAGCAUAUGUGUGCGGAGAAAAGUGCUGAGUAAGCUGGAAAACAUUGCGAAAAACGCGUGUUGCAUGUGGGCCAAGGAAGAGGAAGAGCAAAAAGAAGCAGAAGCAGUAGCAGAAAAAACAGCAAUCCAAGGUUUGAAACAACAACUGUGAGCAGUGGAAACAAAACGAGCGUUCAGCUAUAAACGAUAUCAAAACCAAUAGGAAGAAACGCACACAAAGAACCGAAAACUGAAAACCAUAGACAAAGUCUUCGGAAGAGAGCGUAGAGAGGGACAGAGACAGGGCGAGAGCGAGCGGGACAGAGACAGCUGGCGGUCAGCGACGUUGGACAAGUAGUUGAAAAUAUUGCGCAUACGCCGCGUGAACCGAAGGCAAAGAACAACAAGCCGUGCGUUCGUUCUUGUUCGAAUUUCACAGAUUCAGUUUAAAGGAAAUCCAGAAUAGAGGAAAGAAGAGAAAGAUAAACAUAUAAAGAGAGAAAAGAUAAGGAGGAGCAGGAGGAGGCCAAGUGAAGAAGGGCCGUGGAUCAGCGGCUACGAACGAAAUCCAUUUCAAACCGUAGCCAGCUUAAAAAUCCAGUUCUACAUUUAGUCCGAUUACGCAAAGAGUUUAAUGAUUAAAAGAUGGGGAUAUAAGCUCUUAGCCGGUCUUGAGUAAAGAAGGAACUGGACACGAGAUCCCGAAUUUAAAUGUGUGACUCUGACGCUCGAGAUUGAAGAUUGCACAACGCUUGCCCGUAUUUCCAAGCUCUUUUGCUACGCUCACAAAUACGGGGAACAUUACACCCAUUCAGCGGUGAGCGCUGCCCGAUACCCCGAUUCCGCUGCUCUGGCAGUAGCAGUAAAAAUUGUUAACUCGAGCGCUGCGGUUGGCGACGCUCGGGGAAAAUGCGUACCCCUCACCCCGCCAGAAAGCAUGCGCGGAUUACCAGGAGACUGCGUCGCCAGAGUCACCAGUUAAUUACGAGGAAAAGCAGAAGAAUAGUAAACACUACCACAACCACAUCUACUUCGAACGUGGGAGUCAGCUUCACGACGUCUUGCAAACGGCUGAAAAUGGAGAAGACUCCACGGUACACGCAGCGGGAGCGAAACAUGGUGUUGAGCUACGCGGCGCAGUACAAAGACGUAAUCGAGAACAAGCGCACGGACGCGGAGUCGAAUCGCAAGAAGGACGAGGUCUGGCUGCAGAUCGCCAAGGAGUUCAACUCGCGGGUCUACCACCAGCGCAGCGCCAAGCAGCUGCGCCAGCUGUACAAGAACAUGAAGCUGCUGCUCAAAAAGGACCUCUGUGGCGAGGACAAGAGCAACCACUCCUUCAUGGACCUGCUCAACACGCUCUCGCAGCAGGAUUCCGUGGCCCAGUAUAUCGCCGAGCAGCUCUCGCCGGAGGGCGCGGGCGGAGGUGGUGGGAAGCAAGGCGGUGCGGGAAACGGAGGCGGGAACGGACACCACGCGGAUGACUACGACGACUCCAAGAUGCCCCUCUACCCCGAAGGCAUGGACACGGACGUGAUCCUCAUCAAGUCGGAGACGAUCAGCGACAACGAGCAGACGGACAACGGAAUGGACUGCCUGGACGACGACGAAGACGACGACUGUCUGAGCCCCAAGGCGCCGGAAGUGUGCCUGGAGGAGGAGGACGACGUGCUUUUCCCCACGGAUCUGCGCCAACUGCAGCAGGUGGGCGUUAGCUCCUCCGCCGCCGGCGGCGGCGUUGUUGGUGUCUGCUCCGCCUCGCUGCCAGGAAAUGGAACCAGCAAUGGGCUGCCGGAUCCCGUGCGCCGCGCCGCCAGCUCGCCCGUGUGCUCCACCAAGACCUCGGUGAGCUCUAGCGGGAGCUAUGCAUCGGCACCCAAGCCGGACAUUACCAUCCAGACGGUGGGACACAUUCGCGUGGGCAGCUUUGCCAACAUCAACAAGACGUUGCAGAACGGCGGCUGCAACGCUGCCACCAGUAAUGGCGGCUCUACUGGCAGUGGAGUGCUGCCCCUGACGGCGGAGCAAGUGCAACAGCACACGCUUCUGAACGGCCUGGGCCUGUCCGCUGUGAAUCCGCCUCAGUCGCUGCAGGCGGCCAUCAAUGCCGCCUACGCCUCAGCUAACCCAGCCUCGUCGGUGGCCGCCAGCAGUCGCCGCACCCCGCCCACUCUGCAGCUGCCACGCCUUCAGCGCGGGAAUAACAACAAUAACAGCAACAGCACGAACAACUCCACGGUGAACGCCAAUGGAGUUCAGCUUCUGCUCAACGGCAACCACCAUGCCCAGCAGUCGCACCACCAUUUGGGGCGGGACAAGACGGGCGGCGUGGCCAUUGGGGCGGCGGGCAGCUUCAAUGGCUACAACGGUCUGGCUGUGGCAGUGCCCUGCCACCCUGCCGCCUUGAACAGCAGCGGAAGCGGCGGGAGCAGCGCCAACAGCAGCGGAGUCAACAGCGGGGCCAACACCGUAGGCGGAAGUCCCAGUGGCGGACCAGCGAGGAGCCAGCACCAGGAGCUGAUGAACUCGCUAAGAAUCGAGGAAAGCAAGCGGAAGAUCGAUCUGAUUAAUGCCCAAAUCGAGUAUUGGCAGACGCUGACGCGCAAGCUGAACAGUGAGGCGGGCCACAUGCCCAAUCCCGCGUGUCCUUGCCACUUCCCAGGCGCCAGUGUCCUCUCGCCCGCGGUCACUACCAGUGCCUCAACCUCCGUCUCCGCCAACCUGCUGCAAACGCAGGCCACCACCAGCUAGUCCGCAGUGAAGAGUCAUCCAGACGAUGGCGGCGACAGCGACAUCAUUUCAAUAGUGGACAUAGAUGAUGAGCGGUCUGAGGAGGAGGAGCAGUCGGAGGAAGAAGACGACGACGACAACGAUGAUGAUGACUCACAAGAUGCCUUGGUCAAGGAUGUGGGCGUGGUGGGCGGUCUUUCGCCGCCGCCCCACUCCUCUCCACCGCCAGAAAAAGCGCUUGAAGCGCCAGGAAGACAACUCCGAGCUCCUCAGGCAGCUGGCCCUGCAGCAGAACCAACAGAAUCAAGAUGCCCAGAAGGGGUGCUAGUAUUUUGUCUAAGCCACCAUUAACUAACCCCAUCCCACUACGUUUAUGAGUACUUUUAACUAUAACUUUCGGGGGUGCCACAGAAAUCACUAGGGUUUUCGAAUCACUUAUAAAGGUGUGUAAAAGAAUGCUGUGAAAAAUAUAAUGUAGUUAUUUGGAAGGAAUGCAUCGGACUUCAGGACCUAACAUUUAUUUUUGCAUACAUUUGGCACCUCUAUAACCUUGUGAUUUCUGAGGCACCGCUGUGUAUUUAUUUACGCCUAGUUUGAGUGCCAAAAAGAAAGAUAGGAGCCUUGCCAUCAAGAAUGCUUGCCAAAGGACCUGGACAACAGGUCACUAUUUAUUUGCUAACCUAACUUAACAUUAGUGCUAGAAUCUUUUUAUUCUGUUUUUGCGUAUUGAGCCAUUUAUUUUGUUUUUUUUUUUUUUUGUAAUUAGGGUUUUUAAUGUUAAGUUUUUUGAGAGCUACAACCAAAAAGAAAAGAAAGGAAAAUAUCUUGACUUUGUACAUUUACCUUAAAAUUAGACCUAACUUAAUUUGAGCGAGCGCAGUUAAGAGAACACAAACGAAAGAACGAAAACUGUACAAAUGUGGUUCCUAAUCUAGUCCCUAAACAAAAGAGUAAAGCUAAAGAGAAAGCUAAAGUGUUAUGCCUAGCCGUGAACUUGUGUAUUAUUUUUAUGUAUCAACCCAGAGAGUUCCCCAAAAACCACCCAAAGAACUGUAGCUAAUUUAAUGUACUUAAAGAACCCGCGAAACCUAAAGAAACAAGUCUGUACAGAUAGAGGAAGAUAGAAGAAGACGAGUCGAGACAAGGCGGGAGAAUAAAAGAGAGAUGGAUAAACUUUGCUAGUCGACACUGCAUAACUGUAUUUUAGUGUAUUUUAGUUAUUGCUAAUUGUACGUGUAAAAUACAAUUAAUUGCCUACCCAGUAACCACAAUUUACAAAGAAACACACCAAACUAAAAGUGACAACCAAACCAAACAAAACUCUUUAUACAACUUUUGUAAACAAAAACUUAUUAAUAAAACAAUGAAUUUACUUUGUGGA